AUGGUCGCCGCCGUCCUCACCUUUUUCAUUGCAGUGUUUGUGGUCGGAAUGCUGCCGGCGAUCAUGAACGGCAUGGCAUGGGGAAUUGUGAGCAACGGUGCUGAGGUGGUCGUGACCUCAGACAAUAAAGGGACAUUCUUGAAUGUAGCCGCUAACUGCCGCAUAGUUCAACUGGGCCUUUGGCUGGCUGUUGUGAUGGUUGGGUCAUCGACAGUUCACUACUCGGGAAAACCGAGGCAUAUCGAUGACUUUUAUGAAAGUUUUGAGUCAGUUACCCUGAUAAAUGCCAUUCUUACUUACUUGUCCUUCCUAAUAUUGAAUAUCCUGGGUCGUCUCCAGGACUUCCUUCGGAAGGUGGGAGUAAUUGAAAAUCCGGCCGCCAAAGAAAGUCCUCUAACGAAAGAUUUUGUACCACUCUACUCCGACUUUGAGGCGUUUUACACACGGAACAUGUACAGGCGAGCCCGUGAUUGCUGGAACCGACCGAUUUGCUCAGCGCCAGGCCCCAUGAUGGAACUUGUCGAUCGGGUUACCCACGACAGUUGUUGGACUUUUGAAUAUACUGGAACAACAACAAAUGUGAUGAACUUUGGUUCCUAUAACUACCUAGGAUUUGCUGAAUCUAAUGGGUCAUGUACGGAGGCUGAUGUUAAGGCCAUCGAACAAUAUGGCCUUGGCGUUGCAAGUCCUCGUCUAGAAGCAGGAACACUUAAGCUUCACAGUGAACUAGAGAAACUGGUUGCAGAAUUUGUUGGACAAGAGGCGGCCAUCGUAUUUGGCAUGGGAUUUGCAACAAAUGCUCUGAAUAUGCCACAAAUUUUCGACAAGAAUUCCUGCGUGAUCAGCGACGAGCUAAACCACACCAGUUUGAUCCUAGGGUGCCGACUGUCGGGAGCUACCGUCCGACGUUUCAAGCACAACGACAUGGAAGACUUAGAAAGAAUUCUGUCCGACGCCGUCGUUUACGGUCGACCACGUAGUCACCGGCCCUUCACAAAAAUCUUCCUCGUCAUUGAAGGCAUAUAUAGGCAAGUUUUCGCUGCGUUCUGUUCACCAGGAAGCUUAUUUUGUUCUUAG